UGCAUGCUCUAGCACUAAAACAUCUCUAUUCUUAAUAUCCAAAACUCAUCCAGUGAAUAUGUCUCCAAAAACAGCCACGAUCUCCCUCUCUCUCGCUCUCCUCCUCCUAACUAUAACAUUGUCCUCCGCCACUACCGACUGCCCGGGCUUUGAUUCAGUCUCUGACAUCUUGCGUCAUUACGAUAUACCUCCCGGGCUUUUCCCUGAUUAUGUGGAGCACUUUCGAUGCGAUCCUAUCAACGUAGACUCCCACAUGUUAUCGAUUCAAUUGCAAGGUGUUUGUGCCGUUAGUAGGACAAUGUUCGGUAUCGGUAAUCGUGUCGUCUGCCAACCCCAAAUGUCAGCGAUCAUAAAAUAUCGGCAGCUCACCAAUGUCAAGGGAGUGACUGUCACGCUCACCUUUGGUAACCAACCAAUUGGAGAGGUCAUGACAGUUACCGAAGCCAAAGUUUUCCAAUUAGGCAACUUCCUUCAGUUCGAUUCUGAUAAAGGUAAAAGUCCGUGGUUCCCUGUUGCUUUAAUCCAGGUACCUCCUAAGUGUGAUAGCACCGCCGGAGCAAUUGAUGCGAAGAACGACAACAAAGCUAUUCCGAAUUGGGUUCAUAACUAUGGUCGCCUGCUUCCACUUGUUGCUUAAGCUAAUGUUUGAACAGACCUUGCACUACACUAGCUGAUGCGAGGCUUGUGAACUGUUGUUUGUUUUUAUGUACUUGAGCAUGUAGUCUGCGUAUUAUGCAUCUUUCUAAUAUGUACUUGUAAUGUUUCAAUAAAUCUGCUUAUAAGGUAAGCAGCAAUGUUUCGUUGUA